CCCCUCCCCUCCCCUCCCCUCCUCUCUCUUCUUGCACUGAGCUUUUGGUUGGCUUUUACUUCACCAAACAUAUUCUCCCUUCCCUCACCCAACUCUUCCCAUUUACCUCAAAUGCAGUCAUAUUGAGCCCACAUUCAAUCAUUCCAACCCCCUCUUCUCUGCUCCUCUUUGCCACACCACCUUCCUUUUAUUAACUCCUAAAUUAGCAAUAGGACCCCAAGACUUCCAACUGGUUAGAGCUUUAGCUGGUGAAUCAUCAGUUUAAGCCCCAAAUAGAUCCCAAUUAGCAAUAACUUUCCUGGAUUUAUCCUCUCUUUUUCAAGUGUUUCUCAAUGGAGAACGAGUUUUUUCUUAAUGCAGGAGUCCCUCUGUCGCUUCAUUUUGAAUCGUCAGCUUCAAUGCCCAUGUGGCACUCUCUUUCAUCCGCCAUGGAAAUUCAAGGGACCGAGGUGAAUUGCUUGUCCGAGCAAUCCCAAGAUUGCUUCUUGAAUCCUAACUGGGAAAAGUCAGCGGAUCAUGGCGUCCACUUCGAUUCAGCCCUGAGUUCAAUGGUGUCCUCACCUGCAGCGUCAAAUACCAACUUGUCCAAUGACAGCUUUGUGAUUAGGGAGUUGAUUGGGAAGCUGGGAAACAUUGGCAAUUCUGGGGACAUCUCGCCGCAUUCUCAGCCCUUGUUAGCUUCUUACAUUGGUGGAAAUACCAGUGCCAACACUUCCUGUUAUAGUACGCCUUUGAAUUCUCCUCCAAAGCUAAACGUGCCGAGGAUGGAUCACUUGGUAAAAGAAAACUUACCCAGCUUGGGAAAAUCGAUGCCUUUGAAUUCCAGUGUGGCAGAUUUCUCUGCUGACCCUGGAUUUGCUGAGAGGGCUGCCAGAUUCUCCCGCUUUGGUAGCAAGAGUUUCAAUGAUCGGACGAGCCAAUUCGGGAUAAAGAAUACUGAUGUCUCUUGUAGAUCGUAUCUACCAAUGGAUACUGAGGGGCUCCCCCGAGUUUCGAGCAGUCCUUCUCUGAACGCACUCGGAUCUCAAAUGGGUGCCCAGGAAAACAACAUUUCCCCAUUGCAGGAUCGGACUGAAUUGGCGAAUUCUCAAGAGGAAUCCACAGUCUCUGAACAAAUUCCAAAAGGGGAGACAGGUUUGAAAGGUUCCAACGAUGUGAAUUCCAGGAAAAGAAAAACGGCUUCCAAGGGAAAAGCAAAGGAGGCUACAAAGGCGGAGGAAGCUAACGACAAGUCGAAUGCAAAGAGAUGCAAGACGACUGAGGCAAAUGGAAAUGAAAAUGGCCCUGUAAAAGCAGAGGAAGAAACUAAAGGAAGUACUAGAUGUGCAGGGGAUGAAAAACAGAGCAAGUCUAGUACAAAGCCUCCUGAGCCUCCCAAGGACUACAUUCAUGUCAGAGCAAGAAGGGGUCAGGCAACCGACAGCCAUAGCCUCGCCGAAAGAGUCCGAAGAGAGAAGAUUAGCGAAAGGAUGAAGCUUCUGCAAGAUCUAGUGCCUGGUUGCAAUAAGAUCACAGGAAAAGCACUUAUGCUCGACGAAAUUAUCAACUACGUCCAGUCAUUGCAACGUCAAGUCGAGUUCCUCUCCAUGAAAUUGGCUUCUGUCAAUACCAGGAUGGAUUUCAACAUGGAUAGUCUGAUGAUCUCCAAAGAUAUAUUUCGAUCAAACAACCCUUCUCCACACGCAAUAUUCCCAUUAGAUUCCUCGGCAUCAGCUUUUUAUGGUCAUCAUCCCCAGCAAAAUCCGGCACUGCAUACCAACGUAUCUAAUGGGACAGCGACACAAUGCCCAGUGGACCCAUUAAAUACUGCACCAUGCCAAAGUCUUGGCGUGCAAUUACCUCCACUCAAUGGAUAUAGCGAGAGUGUCUCUCAAUACCCAAUGUACGGCGAAGAUGACCUGCAAACCAUUGUACAGAUGGGUUUUGGUCAAAAUACCAACGGGGAAACAGCAAUAUUGCAGCCACGAAGGUUCCAUGUCUCAGAUCAAGCAACGCAUGCGAAAGUUGAGCUCUGAUUGCACCAGUCACUAAUUGUUGGCUGUUGUAGUAUAUACAAAGACAACAACAGAUUUAAUUCGGAUUUUUAUUCCAUGAACCACUAAGCCAAUUCAUCUGUAGGUCUCAUGAAGUACUGAACAUUUUUUCCCCUUUAUUUUAGUGUUAUAUUAUCCUGUCAAUGUGAUUUUGUUGUCCAAGUUUUUUGAGGUGUUUCUAUUUUAUUCUCUUUAGAAGUAUCAAGUGUAAAAUCCCAAAAUCAGAAAUAUCUUUUUGGUGCAGAAGUAUUAAAAGCACCACAUGUAAGAUAUAGCAAUUACAGUGCUAAUUAGAGAGGAAGAGUUUUCUUUUCUAGCUA